GGACUUUGUGUCAGUUGGUGUCAGUCACCUCACAAAGAUUCGCAGAGAUUCAGACGCUUUCAGUGACCUGCCGCUGCUGAUGAAGAUGAUGAUGAAGGUGUCAGAGCUGGUCCUCGUCCUCUCCUGUGUCCUCUGUGUCUCCGCUGACAGUCUGCAUGUGGACCUUUAUAUCGGUGGCUGUUCAGACACUGAUGGAGAGAACAUGUACACACUGGAAGGUGAAGAGAUGUGGUACGCAGACUUCAUCAACAAGAGAGGAGUCGAGCCUCAGCCCGGUUUUAUAGAUCAUAUGAGCUAUGUGGAAGGAACUUAUGAACGAGCUGUAGCUAAUCAACAGGUCUGCAAAUCAAACCUGAAAGUAGAUCAGCAUAACUUCAAGGACGUCCCACUAGAGUUCGAUCCUCCUUCCCGUCCGAUGAUCUACACCAGAGAUACUGUGGAGCUCGGAGAGAACAACACCCUGAUCUGUUAUGUGACUGGUUUCUACCCUGCUCCUGUCACAGUCUACUGGACCAAGAACAGACAGGAAGUGACUGAAGGAACGAGUAUCAACAUUCCCUAUCCUAACAAAGAUGGUUCCUUCAACCAGAUUUCCAGACUGGAGUUCGUCCCACAGCUGGGAGACAUGUACAGCUGUUCAGUGAAACAUCCAGCUCUGAACCAACCACUGACCAGAUUCUGGGAUGUGGAGGUGAAGCAGCCCAGCAUUGGACCUGCGGUAUUUUGUGGACUGGGUCUGACGGUCGGUCUGCUCGGCGUGGCUGCUGGCACCUUCUUCCUCAUCAAAGGAAACGAGUGCAGCUGAUUGGCUGGGGCUGAUGAUGUCGUCAGUGUUUAGUGAGGUGUGAGGAGCCAUUGGUUCCUGAAGCGUUUCUCCUCAUUCUGCAUUUAAUUUGAUUUCUUGAAACGAUCUCCUCGAUGUUACUGAACAUUGAUGACACACAGGUUUCUGUUCUGAAUCAUUUCCACUUUGUUUCCGACGCAUCAGGUUCACUCUGCCUGUAAAUACUAUAGUACCCAUAAGCCUCAGCAGCUGUCUAUAGAGAAGAAGACAGAAGUGAAUUCAGAACACUUUGUUGAAUUUAACUAUUCAUGUCACCAUGGUUACCGAAUUCAUUAGAAAUUGACCCAAAAGCUGAAAUAAUUUAAUGAAAUCAACCCAGUUCUCUUCUCUCAACAGCUUUAGCUUCAGCUCACCCUUAGCAGCACACAACAGAAUUCUAAGCUUUUCUUUGUGAAUUGCACCUUGGGAGUUGUAGUUGAUUUCCGUCCUUCAGUUUGCGUGUCCACAGGCUUUGACUUUUUAAUUACAGAUAUUUUCUAACACAGUUGUUGAUCUUUUCACCGGGAGGGUUUUGUGUCCAUCACAAACUCUCAGUCACUGAAUAUGAGAAACACGAAUGGGACUCUUACUGGAGGAAGCUGUACAUGUGUCCUCACACGUCACUGCUCUACAGUGAGCUAAAGGGCUUCAACCUUUUUCCCUCUGCCUCAUGUAGAUAAUGCAUCUCAAUGAUCCAGUGCUAACACACAUUACUGACAGCUGCAGCUUUCAGACAAACACUCCUGAUUUUCUCCGCAGGACAUCCUCACUCUAAUAUAUGAAUGAUCAUAACAAUCCAGCACGUAAUAAAUAUCUGUACUUGACAUUUUGGUUUGACAGGACAGUUUCUAUCAAAUAAUCACUAUGUUUCUAUCGUAAACCAGGUUCGCAAAUAAAGAUUAAUCAACCGAUGAAUUAAUAAAUAUUGUAAAAGUGUUAAUGAACAUGAAUAAACUGAUUACAUUUGUUCUCUCA